AUGCGAAAUUUUGAUCUAGGUGUUCCAAUUGAUUUGCUAAAUUUACAGUUCUCAGAGAGUACUGAUCAAAAUACAUGUUUCUACUGCAGAAAAGUGACGGCUUCUCUUUUCUUUCAUUACCUCAAAGACCAACCUGAAGAGGAUGAAAAUAUCUGUCCUCAGCGAAUUUGUGAAAACUGCUUCAACGAAAACGAGAAUAAAGAAUGCACAAAUGACGACUGCAAAGUCACCUUUGACGAGAAUCUUCAACAGCAUCGAGAAAGCGAACACCAUCACGGCCUGAUCUUUCAAUGCCCAUUAGAAGAACCCUGCAGUCAACUCUUGACCUUCGAAUUCUUUUCGCAGCAUAAUCAUGAUGGCUUUUCCAGAACUCAGAAGGAAGCUUUCAAAAGAAGAAGCAUCAACAAUCGGAUUGCAAAAAGCAAAACGAGCAUCAAUGUAAAGAGGGGAAAAAUGGUCGAAAUUGAGAGCUCGAUUCUAGAAGGGAUCCGACAACUAAAAUGCUUGACAAAUGAAGUCAACGAAGAACAAGCCGAAUUGGCGUCAAUAGAUCCUAAUUUCGAGCCAGAGCUCCAUACGAUGCCGACUUUUGAUGAAAAAGCGCUUCAAGCGUUUCUUGGCGAGGAAAUUUUCUGCAGCUUUUGCGGCGGAGCAGGAGUCUGGGAAAAUCAACACGACGCAUUUUCAUGUGGACACAAAGUUUGCAAAAACUGCCUGACCAAGUUUCUUGAAGAAAAUUGUUCAACCUGCAAAAACCCAUAUCUGACAUAUAAUUGA